AGAAUGGGCGGGGCACGCUGGCGGGGGCGGCCGUGCGCGUGGCGCGGUCACGUCCCCUGCGUGAGGUCGUGGGAACCGGAAGCGCCGAGCGCCGGCUGGGUUCUGCGGGGCCCCGAGCUGGGAGCGUCUCUGGCGCCGCGCCGCGGCCUGGGUUUCGGGUGGGCGGCGCUGGGCGGCGGGGCGGGGCCGGGGCCUCGCUGGGGGAGCCGGGGCGGAGCCGGAGCCAUGCCGGGGAGCGGCAAGACCCGCCUGCCGGACAGAUGGACAGACUAUCUCCCACUUGGACAAAGAAUGCCGGGUACUAGGUUCAUCGCUUUUAAAGUUCCUUUAAAAAAGAGUUUUGAAUGGAGACUUGACCCAAAAGACAGAUUUUCUCCUUUUGACCUCAUUAAGAAAAUUAGAGAACAGAAAGAAGAACUUGGCAUGAUCAUUGAUCUAACAUACACAACGCGCUAUUAUGGACCGGAGGAGCUACCAGAGACACUGUGCUACUCCAAGAUCUUGACAGUUGGACAUGAAGUACCAGAUAACGAAACAAUUUUUAAAUUUAAAUGUGCCGUGAGAGAGUUUUUACGGGAGAACAGAGAUAACGAUAAACUCAUUGGAGUUCACUGCACGCAUGGCUUAAACAGAACUGGUUACCUUGUUUGUAGGUACCUAAUUGAUGUUGAAGGCAUGGAACCGAAUGUUGCUAUAGAGCUGUUCAACAGGUCGCGAGGGCAUUCUAUAGAGAGGAAGAACUAUAUUGAGGACCUUCAGAAGGGCCCCAUGAGAAUGAACCAUGCUGCAGAUGGACUAGCAUUUGAUUUAAUCAAAGGACAAAGCAGCACGGCACCAAAUUUGGAUUUCCAAUUAGCUGGAUAUCAUCCGUAUUCACAGCAGCUCCCGCUGGCAGACGGCAGGCUCUUCCCUUCUUGGCGAGGAAAGGGAGGAAAAAGAGAACAAAGAGCCCUGUACCCUGUCAGGAAUUUCCACGGGGUUUACGACAAUGGGAGAUCUGCUUAUUACAAGGAAUGUGUCCCUACAGCCAACCUGGCCCAGCAAACACCCCCUUACAACUUGGGACCUGUCAACUACCCUGUUCCCCUACCUUAUAACAAACAGUAUAGUGGUUACAAUGGACCAUACUUUCCAGUGCAAAAUCCUCAUUAUAUACAACAGGAAACAUAUAAAAUGAAAAUGUUCAACAGACCCAAAAGGAGUCACUAUCCAUAUUAAUGUGAGGAGCUCAUCUGGUGGAAGAACUUGAUAGUGUGCUAUAUGGUAUCCACUCUGUGCAGCUUUUUUUUAAUCUAGAAGCUUUAUUCGAGAAUGAGUCUUUUAUUCAUUCUAAUUCCUUUGCUGUGGUGCCCAUCGCUGGCCAAUUGCCAGUCAGGAAACACAAAGGAAGGAAUCAUUAAUUUUAACAUUGAGACUGUUUUUAAAAGUUUUAUUUUUCCUAACCACCUUCAUAACAAACCCUCACCUUUUUACUGUAUUGAAAUAUUGUGACAUCCAUGUUAAAAGGACUUCUCUAGUUCUAAAUGGACACCCAGGAUAAAUAUGGGCCCAAACUGACUAGGUGGUUUCCAUGAGAAACGUUGUGUGCAUUGUUUAAACUCUUAAGGGAAUUGUGUUUUAAACGAAUGCCUUCCCCUGCAGUUGUUUAUAACCAAAGCACAGCAUGGCAAUACCUGGAAAGGUAACCAAAGUGAAAUUGAAUAGUAGAGCGGGCCAGAGAUCAGCCUUUCCAUCCUGUGAAAAAAAUCUCAAAUUUUUGAGAACUUUCACCCCAAUGAUCAAAUUAAAAAAGCUUCAUGGGAAGGAUAGACUGAAAAAAUCCCACUUGAUUGAUUUCCCACAGAAUUCUUUGGCUUGCUGCCCAGCUCCCUAUGAAGUCUGAUUUCUGGUUGCCUGUUUUCCAUCACAAGAUCUGUCUAAAUUGAGAGGUUUCUACAGGAUGUUUCAAUUUUGAUGAUUGGCAUUGUGCCAAAGAAAAACCUUCAGCUGGAAAACUUUGGACCAGUUCUAUUUAAUAGCCUAAUUUUUCCAUUCUUCAAGAGGAGCAAAAUCUAGCGUGAUCAUUUUCAUUUUACAUUGUUUUAAACAUGUUUUUAACCUUAGUAUUCUCCUAAAUGUAACAGGUGAGGGACUGGGUGGCUCUAGGAAGCCUAAAGGUUGGUUAUUCAGAUUGAAAUUGAAUGUCAGCAAGGUCAUUGCUCCUUAUCCACUACCCAUGAGACAGGUGAUUGUUGCAGACCACCAUGGUUAUCAGUCUGUGGCAGUCUCACAGAGGCCGAAGAUGGAAGCAGAGACUACCUCCUUACCGCAGAGCUCAGCAUGGAGACAUGUUGUCAUUUAUGUCCAGGAGACUUGUAUUAACUGUUCCUGCUCUGUGGGGAAAUGGAGACUGAUCUCCAGGGCUUUCAGCCUGGCACUUCAUUUUACCAGCACUAAAACAAAGAUGUUCAAAACAAGUUGCUUGUGCCCAUUUAGUGAGGCUAACAUCAUGGUCCUAGUUCUGUGAGAACGUGGAAAGGAUAGUGUCACUCAAGCUUUGUCUUCACUGCUUAAAAAGAGGAUUGCUUUGCAGCAAGAUGAUAAAUGCAGGGCAGUUCUUACUGUAACAUCCUAAAGUGGAGACAAGGCACUUGUGUUUUCUGUGAGGUGGCCAGGCAAGGUCUGCACCGUACUUCUACCUGGAAUUGACCACAUCGAGUUUCUCACAGUAAAACUGAAGCGCCUUGUUUUUUGCAGCAGAAUUGUAAUCCAUGUUAUCCUAUGAGAAAAACAACUGUGUGUCAGUGAAGACAAACCCUGAGUGUGGGUUUGCUCUGUGAAUUAAUAGCCAACGUGUCCUCUGCCAGCAACAGGAUUCUGAACCUGGCAUGAUUGAUUCUUGAUUAGGAUAACUUUGCUGAUGCACACUGAAAGCUACUCUAAAUUAAAGUGUGUUCAUUCCAGGGCCAUAGUCCUUGAAUAAGAGAAAUCAAGUUUUCUCCCUAACCUGAGAGCUUCAGGUGGACAGGAUUGCAUGUGCCUUGGCAUCAUAAUUUCAUUCCUUGUUCAGUUGCUGGCUGGCUUAUGCAGUAAAGCUCCUCACACUUAGGCUAUCUGAGAGCAAGAAUUGACCAGUGGUGUGGAAGGUAAGUCAACAGUCUGCAGCUUCCUCAGGAAUAUCAAUUCUUGUAUUUAAGUUAUUCACAUCUCUGUGGAGGUAUUGUUUGCUACAGUCAGUGAAAGUUUGUUUUAAAUUGGAAGUAAAGUUUAAGCUUAAUAAACUGUAUUAAUGAGCUGCUCCUGAAGUGCUUCAUAAACUUCUUGUGCAUUUUAUAAAUGACUCUAGCUAGCUAUCACUUGCUUGGCAGCAGCUUGUAAUAAAAUGUGGUUUGAUUUAGGA